AUGGCGGGAGACGGAGUAGGCAGCAAGGCUGCCGACGCAGAUGCGUUGACGGGCGGCGAGGACGGAGUAGAGUCCGUUGCCCAAAGCCAAUCGCAUAGCCACUCAUCCAAGGACAGCAAAAGCCGAUCCACUGACUCCGAGGACCGCGCAAGCUUCGAAUCGCGCAUGGCUCGGCUGCCUGUCAAAGCAGCCCUGCCUCUUCGCAGGACAUCGAGCGUCGCCUCAUCUGCCACGCCAAGCACACGCUCCGGCGCGAAUCCAGUAGCGCUCGCGACAAAUAGCUCUGUCCGACCAAGAAUCUGGGGCACCAGUCCUCCUAGCGACUCUUCCCAAGCACGGUCCAAAUAUGAGGAAGAAGCAGAAUCGGCAGAGUGGAAGCGGGCUUAUGGCAACCGCCUGCUCGAGUCACCUGGUGAUUGGAAAGGCCACGCGAAGCCUAUCGCGCCGAGGCGCACACCUUCCAACGUACCAAUUGCUCCUUCAAGCCCUGCGAGCAGCUCAAAGAGCAUUCUCGCUGGCAGCGCUACUUCGGAAAGACGGGCCUUAUCGUCCGCUGCAUCGCCGACCUCCACCCAGACGUAA